UGAAGAUGUCAAUGUCUUAAGUCAAAAAGUGGGUAGAGUUUUGCUUUUGUAGUGAAAAUUGAAAAACUAUUUGUAAAAUAUAAAUUGUGGUGUUGAUAUAAUUUUUCUAAUUAUAUUACGUUGUUUCGUGUUUUUUCCAAUGGUGUGUGCAUCAAGAUGAGCUGCUUAACUUGCAUUCGAGGUCUGAAGACAACAUUAUCAUUCAAGGAUAAGGAACUUAACAAAAUAGCAGCAUUUUUCAAUAUUUUGACUUUCUUGUUGACUUGUGCAGCCUUAGUACAGCCAAGCUGGUUCAGGAUUAAGGGUCUACAUUGCACACAGAGUCUAUCUUUAACACAGUUCUUCACUUUUGAUGAAGAUGAUGCAGACGAUAAUGAUCAUGAUGAAGACAAUGAUCAAAUAUUAAUACACCAAAGGGAAUUUGAUACUAUUAGCAGGUCUGAUUUAAAUGGUCUUCCACCAUGUACAACUCCUGAGAUUAUAACACUCAUGAGAGUUCUUAUAUUACUCUGCUUUAUGGUGCUUCUAUGCUCCUGUAUCGGAGUACUGAUCAACCUCACCAGUCUGAACAGCAAAGCUAUAAGAAUGUUGCGAAGAAAUGCUGUGCCUAGCAUAAUGUGUGUCUUCUGGGUGAUUGCUAUUGUAGGCGUUUGUUACUACACAACAGUUGUAUUAGGCAAUGCAAACAAUAGUGACCUUAAUACCAUACAAGUUGAUUAUGAAUAUGGAUUUUACACAAUAACAGGAGCAGGUGCCUUGGCUCUACUGGCAUCUGCUGCCAAUCUGUGGGGUGCGCCAUUAUCAAACGACGAAGACUUGCAACGGCGCAACCUAAUGGAGGACUGGGACGGCUACGAAGCCCACAGCGUCGGCCCCACGCCGGCAGUGCCUACUCUCCCGCCUUACUCACCAAGCCCUAACUUUGUCCCAUCAGCACACCCAACAUUUGCGCCACCUGUCCUCGGCACGCAACAAUACUUCCCCUUUGACGAUCUCUCCAUUCUACCACCUCCACCACCAUACACUCCAUGAUUUAGGGAUUUCCCACAAAAAUACUGACUCGAAGUAAUUUUUAGUGUAUGCAUGUACAUUUUUGAAAUAGAACGAAAAGGUAAGGUUAUUAUAUUUUUCUCUGAAUAACUUUUAAAAGAUAUACAAGCUGAGUCUAUACUUGCCAAGCUUUUGUGAUUGUGGUGAGCAUUCAAGAAACACUGUACGUGAACCUCACUCUGCAGUUUCCGUGGUACGCUCGCGCUCGCUACGAGCAUGGAUGAAUUAAUUGCUAUGAUAACAGGUAAAUCAAAACGUGCUAAAAUAACCAUGUUAUUAAAACACGAAUCCUGUGUUUGUCAAACCUGCCGCCAUCAUGCCAAAGUAAAUUAACCCUUAAUAAGGCGCGAGCCUGUGUAAUAGUAAACUUUAAAUUAGAAGCGUGUUUAGGGUAAUUUAAUGCUGGAGAAUCCAAAAAAUACAUUUAAAAGUAGUGGGAGAGGGGGGAAAUACCUU